AUGCUGACUGCACAGAGGACAUGUGCCGCUCUGGCUGCACGCCGACUCCUUGGAGCUCCCUGCUCCUCACACGCAUACACCAACACAAACUCACAAACACACUCCCGGCAGUUUCGUACCGCAGCGCCCUGUCAGGAUGAAGUGGACCUGCACCCGGAGUGGGCCAGCCUGGCCAAGAAACAACUGAAAGGGAAGAACCCAGAAGACCUGAUCUGGCGCACGCCGGAGGGCCUCAACAUCAAACCCGUCUACACUAAAGCAGACUCUGCAAUGAAGCCCGACGAGCUGCCAGGGGUCUUCCCCUACACUAGGGGGCCCUACCCCACCAUGUACACGUUCAGGCCCUGGACCAUCAGGCAGUACGCUGGCUUCAGCACCGUGGAGGAGAGCAACAAGUUCUACCGGGACAACAUUAAAGGUACUACGCAGUAUACACUGGCUGGUGUGACCAACUGGGGUUAUAUUAUAUAAUAUUGAAGGGAACCCAGGUCAUUGGAGGAUGUGCCACUUGUAAAUCUUGUGAUUGUGGUCUGUCUGGAAAUUGACUCUGUCAGGUUUAAUCAGGCAAGGGUUCUUUCUCUACUUUAUAGCUUAAUAAAACAUCAUUUAAGUACAUAUUGACUGAGUCACCUCUCCCAUUGUAAUAAGUGUAACUUCAAUCUCUCUCUCUCUACAGCGGGUCAGCAGGGUCUCUCGGUGGCCUUCGACCUCCCGACUCACCGCGGGUAUGACUCCGACAACCCCCGUGUCCACGGCGAUGUCGGAAUGGCAGGGGUCGCCAUAGAUACUGUGGAGGACACCAAGAUGCUGUUCGACGGCAUCCCGCUGGAGAAGAUGUCGGUUUCCAUGACGAUGAAUGGAGCAGUGAUCCCGGUGCUGGCCAUGUUCAUUGUGACGGGGGAGGAGCAGGGGGUACCCAAGGAGAAGCUGACCGGAACCAUCCAGAAUGACAUCCUGAAGGAGUUCAUGGUGCGCAACACCUAUAUCUUCCCCCCGGAACCUUCCAUGCACGCCAUCGCUGAUAUCUUCGCGUACACGUCCAAGGUAAGGACUUUACAGCUACAACAGGGUAAAGCGGCCUCUGUACCUCGCUGCCUUGCAAAUACAGUAAAAGUCCUCUUUCUUAUUUCCAUGGAAGUAACAUCUAACUUAAGAUACAGGCACGUACCUCAAACACAGGAGGUCCAUGAUUGAACUCGCACUGUUUCCCCAUCAUGAUUGAUUGAUUAUUGUUAUGAUUGAUUGAUUGGUUGACUGACUGGUUGUUUCCUCUGGUAGCACAUGCCCAAGUUCAACUCCAUCUCCAUCAGUGGUUACCAUCUCCAGGAGGCCGGGGCGGACGCCAUCUUGGAGGUGGCCUACACCAUCGCCAACGGCCUGGAGUAUUGCCGCACUGGGCUGAAAGCUGGCCUCACUAUAGAUGAGUUCGCUCCCAGGUGCGCACACACACACCGAGUGAGAUCAUACGUGUGUGUUGUCCCAGGGACCUCAUGAUGCAGUGCCUCAGAGUUAGUGGCUAUGAGUUGUUUCUGGAGGUGAUUUUUUUUUUUCUAAGUGAUUUCCCUGUGUCAUUCCCAGUGUCUCAGAGCAGUGAAUGUCCUGUCAAACAGACAGAGGUCUCCUCUCCACUAGACAGUUAUUCCCAGACCGUCCUCUCUGGCUCACUGCUUCAUGUCAGAGGACACGCACUCUAAAUGAAACUCUAAAUGACUCCCUAGGGUGAAUGACAGACUGUUGAUUGAUGUGUGGUUGUUCAAAGGAAGUCUUUUAAAGUUGCCGUGAAUUGACUGUCCUUUCAUUUAGCCAUGCCUUUUAGCCAUUCUGCGUUUAGUCCAUCGUUCAUUUAGUCGGUCAUUCUGACAUCUACAAUAACGCAGGUUCCUUCAAACAUCACUCUUUUUGUCAAACUAUUUCUCAAGUAACCUUACUGUCAGUCACAUAGACAAUCACAUAGGUAGGUGACUGUAGUUAGUCCAUGCACACACACACACACAGCAGUGUUAUUGAUUGAUGGGUUCCCCCUGAGCGGUAAUUAUAUAUUGCAUUAGCAUAGCAUUAGGGUCCUGUUAGAACUGUCAAAAUCAAUAGACUGAUAGAGCUUUCAUUCAAUAUGAUUUUCCUCAGCUGAGAGCUCUGCUGUUUCAACACUCUGCUCUACACUUUAGCUGUCUAUUCAUUCCUAUUGGGAGUUUUAACCAUACUUAUUGAUUUAUUACAUCUUUGUGUUUUGUCUGUAAACACCCUAUGGGGGAAACCUGUCCUAGUAAUUUCUCUGGGGCAUCAAUAUGAAUGUGUGGAUAAUAACAAACGGGUAACUGCCAAAAUAAAGGAAACACUAGAGUACAUGAGGGAUACAAAGUGUAUUGGAAGCAGGUGCUUCCACACAGGUGUGGUUCCUGAGUUAAUUAAGUAAUUAACAUCCCAUCAUGCUUAGGGUCAUGUAUAAAAUGCCCAGUUGUCCAUUAUUUUGGCUAACAUGGCUAAAAGAAAAGAGCUCUGUGACUUUGAAAGAGGGGUCUCAAAGGACCAUAUGGGGUUUAAAGGGUGUGUGUGUUUCAGUCACCAGAUCUCAACCCAAUUGAACACUUGUGGAAGGUUCUGGGGCACCGCCUGAGACUGUGUUUUCCAUCAACAAAACACCAAAUUAUGGAAUUUCCUGUAGAAGAAAGGUGUUGCAUCCCUCCAAUAGAGUUCCAGACACUUGUAGAAUCUAUGCCAAGGUGCAUUGAAGCUGUUCUGGCUCGUGGUGGCCCAACACCCUAUUAAGACACUUUAUGUUGGUGUUUCCUUUAUUUUGGCAGUUACCUGUAUCUCAUGUCUAUAGAAUGGUAUACUUUGAAAUCUCAUAGGGGAAUGUGCUUUCCAAUAAAGAAUAUGCAUACUUGGAAUACAUAGUGUUAAGUAAAACCAAAUCUUCUUAAAACAUCCUUUGAUACUCAGGUACUUGUAUAUAUCACUCUAUAUCCCUCUCUCUCUUCUCUAGGUUGUCAUUCUUCUGGGGUAUCGGUAUGAACUUCUACAUGGAGAUAGCCAAGCUGAGGGCAGGCAGAAGGCUGUGGGCCACGCUCAUUAAGGAGAAGUUCCAACCCAAGCUGACCAAGUCCCUGCUCCUCAGGACCCACUGUCAGACCUCAGGCUGGUCCCUCACUGAACAGGUGGGCGGAGUCAAAUAAAUGACUUUAUUUGAUCGAGGCCAAGUUAUGUAAAUGGGGUGAACCUAGUCUCUUUACACCACCUGGUCUAGCCUUAUCUCCACUAAUAAGCACUGAACUCAGCUGUUAUCUGAUACUUGCUUCAUCUGUCCUACACAGUCACUUUACACCAACUGGUCUAGUCUAAUUCAAUCUAUUAUGACCUUCAUAUGUUCUGUCUUGUGUAUUCUGUUUUCUCCAGGACCCGUAUAACAAUGUGGUGCGUACGGUGAUCGAGGCGAUGGCUGCGGUGUUCGGGGGGACCCAGUCUCUACACACCAACUCUUUUGACGAGGCUUUGGGUCUACCCACUGUGAAGAGCGCCCGCAUCGCACGCAACACACAGAUAAUCAUCCAAGAGGAGUCUGGGAUACCCAAGGUCGCCGACCCCUGGGGCGGGUCACACAUGAUGGAGGCGCUGACCGACGACGUCUACAACACUGCCCUAAAGGUGAGGGGUUAGAGGUCAAGGACAGGUUAAGGGUCAGGGGGGGGUCACACACACUUCACAGUACAUUUAAUGGUUGUUUGUAUGGAUUGUGUUCAUGUUUAAAUGCAUUAGAUGUUUAUCCAUUUGUUUUAUCCCCUCACCUGUAGUUUAUUAAUGAGAUCGAAGAGGUGGGAGGCAUGGCCAGAGCUGUUGCUGAAGGUAUUCCUAAACUACGUAUCGAGGAAUGUGCUGCUCGCAGACAGGCUCGCAUAGACUCAGGUACUGCAGCAAUACACACACACGUGCAGUGCAGGCACACGUGCACUCCCUGUCCCCCCUUCUGUUCUCUUUUCCCACCCUCCCUCCUCUUAUUCCCUCAUCUUUCUUACAUCCUUCUCCCCUCCAUCAUCUCACUUCCCCUCCUAAAAAGCCCCAGGUGUAAUUCAGUGGGUAUGCUGGAAGCAUCAGUCCUCCACUCAGGCAGAACCGACACACUCCAUAUUUCAUAGCUGCUCUUUUAAAGAGACAUGUCCUGGAAGUCUGCCGGAAUUUAAGUAGCAUUUACCAUCUCAGCAGUCUAUUUCCACAGCUCUAGUCUGGAUCAUACAUUCAUCAUUGGCCUAGCGAACACUGGCCAGGGGAAAGUAACAGACAUGCUGUGUGUGUCUGAGCUGGCGUCUGAGCUCCGACCUCUUCAUCUAAGCCUUUUGAUCUGAUCGAGGACCCAAGGCUGUCCUUAUCAGAUGCCUGCACAGGGGUCGAGUCCUGUGAACAUAGUGGGGGCUCGCAGGGCCACUGGGAUGUGUCGUGUGAACAUGGCAGGGGUCGGCCUGGUUAGCACGCAAGGAGACCCGCCCGAACGCUACUGCUUUGAUGCAUGCUGAGAGAGGGGAGAGAGGUAGAGGGAGGAGGGGGAGAGAGGUAGAUGAGGUGGGGCUCACUGCAGCCAUUGAACACAGUAGGGAUGGAUGGGUUACUUUCUCUUUCCCUGAUUUCUGUUCCCUAUAUUUUCAAAGGGGUACAUGGUAUUAGCUUGUUGUCGUGAAGUGAAUACUGUAAGCUCUCUGACAGAAAACCUAACUGCGAUGUCUAUCGCUUCACUGAACCAGCAGCCAACAGACUAGGAGGGGUGUGGGUGUGUGCGUGCGUAUGAGCGACUAUGUGUUUUCCUCUGUCCCCUCUCUGACUGUGUCCCUCUGGUUGUGUCCCCCAGGUUCGGAGGUAAUUGUUGGGGUGAAUAAGUACCGUCUGGAGAAAGAGGAGUCAGUUGAUGUGCUGGCUAUCGACAACACCAACGUACGCAACAAGCAGAUCGACAAACUCAAGAAG